CAAGCAUUUUUGACUAUUCUCAUUUUCUUGUACCCCAAACAUAUUUAGUAAGCCCCACAAAUAUAAAUAUAAACAAGACAUCGGUAAUUCAACAAGUCUCAAAUCAAAAUAAGCAAACAUGAAGAGUGAAGGUCGUCACCAAGGCAUCGUAAGGACGGGAAUGAUUCAUCCGCGGGGCUUUAAUCCGCGACCCACCUCCAACCGGCUCGAUUCACCACCAGCUUUUGGAGAUUUUACAAAAGUUCCAUCAAAGACUACCAACCAUUCAAAUACCACCGGAGAAAGCGAGCGGUCCAAGUACAGUCAUUGUCACGUGUCGCCAGCUAUCAAGUCGGGCCACAAAUCUAAGGGUCGCCGUAAGCUACAACCUACAAGUUGGUGGAGUGAGGAUAAGCUAGACCGGCUCAUCGGGUCGGACUCGUCCUCUGCUAAAGAUAUUUUGGAUACAUUAUGUGGUGAAGAUCAUGAUGAACAUUGAUUAAAUCAUUUUGUUUGAGAUGUAUGAUGAUUAUAGUUUUUUUCUUUUAUGUUUUGAACUUUGAUAACCAAUGAUAUUAAUUAUGGGAAGAAAUACUUUUUUGUCAUUGCAAAUUUUUUAGUUUCAAAACACACUCAGUGAAUACCAAUCAAAAUCAAACAUACGUACCUUGAUAAGAACCGGGAAAUUCUUUCUAGCAAACCGGCCAGCCCAGGAAUUGAGAACACCAUCAAGGCAUCAACUUCUUCCCAACGAUUGAGACUUUGAGAGCAAUAAGCCGGUCCACAACCAAACGAGCAAGUAAGGAAGGCUCUUCUGUGGAUAAAAGGAUAACUUUACUCGCGGUUACAAAUCUUAAAGUCUAUCUCCAAUAUAUUUCGGCUCAUUACCAUUUAUUGAUUGAAUGGUCAAUUUGUAAACCAAUUUGAUUUUUAAGAAAAAUACUAUUAGCAAAUUUAUAUAUAAAGCUAAUUGUUUUUGAAUGGAA